GCUUCAUCUGGCGACCUUUGACCUGAAAGUCCAUCUUUAAAUUUGGCAGACCAUACGAUUGAAUAUUUGUUUCUUAAUUUGGUCGCCAAUUACGCAUCGAAAUUUCCGGGAAUUCCAUCAAAUGAUCGUGUCGCUCGCCCCGCUCAUUCGCUAAUUCCAACCACCACGAUAGGCAAGAUGAAGUCGUUCAAGGUAAUCGCCGUUGCGGCCACCGGCAUCAUGGCAUUCAGCCCGGUAAUUUGCAGCGCUGUUCUUGCCGAUGUGAGCGCGACCAACAUCCAGCUCCCCACCUCCUCAACGAUGAGCAUCCCCGUCCUGGCCAUCCCAGACGCCACCACGCCCCCCCACCAGAUCGAGCUUCUCAAGCGUGGCAAGCCGACUGGAGAGCUCAGCAAGGUAGCUAUCAGCACCUCGAUUGUCAGCAUCAGUACUCAAUCCGGCACUGAUGCUUCUGGUCUAGCCUACACGACUGGUCCGUAUCAAUACACUACAACCUCAAUCACUACGUCUGCCACCCAUAGGGGCCCUGCUGAGCGCACCAUUCAUCCUUACGGCUAUGGAAACCACAGUGCUCACGCUUACUCCACUGUCAUCUCGAGAACAGGCGCUUCCAGUGCUCCAGACAGCUUUACUGUUGCUCCCUACGGCAGCAGCAUUGCGCAGAGUGAUGGGUACCCCAAGCCCACGGGAACCGGUGAAGCCAGUGCUCAAGGCGGACAAUCAACGGUGCCCUACGUAAACUCCACUACCCAGCACCACCCUCACCCUUAUGGUACUGGCAGCCUCCAGUCCUACCCUACCAAGUCCUACCCCUGGUGGCACCCCGGCCCGCAAUCCAAGUCCACGUCCACGUCCAUGUCGACUGCAGCCAUCAGUCAUGACAAGCGCGACGGCCAAGUGAUCCAGGUAACGCUAACAACCAAGUACACCACCUUCGGCACCGUGACCGUGACUAAAACUUUCGAGUCAAAUGGUCUGACCACGCAAACGUACACGGGCUCCAUCGAGGUCAACUCCUGGACCACAGUCGAAGACACCACAACGAUGACGCGGGGAGCCGCCACCGUAACCGCUACUGACGUCGCCGAUGAGACACCUCCGACUACCGCGCCUGGACCUGUCUCGACAUCUGACGCAGCGACUCUGAUGACUUCUAUGUACGGGCCUGGACCUGUUCGCACGUCUGAGACGACGAUGGUUCUCACGGCUACUCCGUAUGGUCAGCCCCCGUCGUUGACGGCUGCGUCUGAAUCGAGUCAGACCUCCCAGCCCACCGGCUCUGAAACCCUACCUACGACCACAACCGUGCCCACGACACCCUCCAACACCGAGUCUGCGCCCGCAUCUACGAGCUCCGGCACCGAGGGAGCCGGCUCCCAAGGCACAGACCAGAGUACCCUGGCUCUUUUGAUGGCCGUGGCUGCAGCUAUGGCUAUGGUGUUUUAAACACGUCAUUGAUCCAUCCGUCUGCAAGUCUGCUGUUGAUUUAGAUUACCAAGCAGCAAGCACCAUACUUCGGUUCAUGCUGAUAAUUCAGGGAAAAGUAGAAUCGGAAAACUGGAGAUGUUCUUUUGACAUUGCCUGCGCCUUGGUUGUGUGGUCAUAUACCUAAGUUACAUAAUCCC